UCACCUGACCGUCUCAGCCCUACAGGAAGUCGGUUGGCUAAUUCAACAUGGCUGCUGUCUGCGAAUAGAGGAGGAGUAGUCCAAGCUAUGAAAUAGUCCGCUUUCUCCGUCUACAGGACACUUGACUCGGUUCCGUGUGUUAGUGCUCUCGACGCUGCUCCGACAUGGCCCAGUGUGUUCAGUCUGUGCAGGAGUUCGUCCAGGACUCGUUGGUACCGAUGGUGGCCGUCUUAUGUAGUGAAGAAGCAGAGAGAGUGACUCGCAAGAACAACCUGAGCUUCGCUGAGCUGCUGCGGCCUUUCUGCAGACUAACGUCCGAAGGUCACAUCCGGGACCCCAAUAAUCAGGUGCAGGUUGUGAAAAAUCUGCGGAUCUGUGUCAACAAUGUGGUGACGAGCCCAUGCACGGCAUCUGCUGCCUUCAGCCCCGCCCAGCGGCGACUGCUCAAUGAAGUGGUGCUAUCCUGCCAGCCACAAGAGGGUGCUGCGACCAACGUCAUCACAGCAGGAGACUAUGACCUCAACUUCAGUGAUCACUCUCUUAAAUCUAGCCUCCCCUGGUACAGUGCCUGGAGAGAAACACUGUCGGAAAUCAGCACCUCCCAGCACUACACAGCGACCACGCCCUGGUUUGAAGCCUACAGGGAGAACUUCCUGCAGUCGAUGCCUGCCUCCGACCAUGAGUUUCUCAAUCACUACCUCGCCUGCCUGCUGGUGGUGUCCUCCACUGAAGCCGUCCCUGUGGAGCAGUUCCUCAAACUUUCCCAGGAGCAGCACAGGAUUCAGCACAGUGGAGAAUACACCAACCCCAAGUGGUUUAUCCCCAACACGCUCAAGUACUACGUCUUACUUCAUGACAUGAGCGAGGGGGGUGAACAAAGGGCAGAUUCGGUGUACGAGGAUAUGAAACAGAGGUAUGGUCACCAGGGCUGCUAUCUGUUGAAAGUGAACUCUCGUACCUUCUCAGCUGAAGAAGAUGAACAGAUUCCAGACCCCUGGAGUCAAUACCUGCAUAGGAAUACUGUGCAGAACCAGGACGUGCUUGACGAUGCAGCUGUGAACAGUGCUGCUGUUGAGAACAACAUGAGUGCUGCUGAAGUGGACUCACCAGAGAAAGACAGCGCAUCCACCAGUCCGGAGAGCCAUCCUCUGCAGCUGGACACAGCGAGCAGCUCGGGUAGCCUGCACGCCCUCACUGCUGCUAACACUGAGCUGAAGAAAGCUGCAAGAGAACCUGAGGUGGGGGUUGCUGGGAGCCACGGGGCAUGUCUGACCCUCAAUGACCACGACCACAUCAGACAGUUCAUCCAAGAGUUCACCUUCAGAGGCCUGCUGCCACACAUUGAGAAGAACAUCAGACAGCUCAACGACCAGCUGGUCUCCAGGAAAGGUCUGAGUCGCUCUCUGUUCACUGCCACCAAGAAGUGGUUUGGUGGAGGGAAAGCUCCAGAGAAGAGCGUCAGUGAACCAAAGAGCACAUGUGGCCUUCUAUAUCCCCCAGAAGCCCCGGAACUGCAGAUCAGGAAGAUGGCCGACCUGUGCUUGCUGGUUCAGCACUAUGAGCUGGCCUACAGCUGUUACCACACUGCCAAGAAAGACUUCCUGUCAGACCAGGCCAUGCUGUAUGCUGCAGGGGCUCUGGAAAUGGCUGCAGUGUCAGCCUUUCUGCAGGCUGGAGCUCCCAGACCAUAUCCAGCACACUACAUGGACACAGCAAUACAGACGUACAGAGAUGUCUGCAAGAACAUGGUGCUGGCUGAGCGCUGUGCAUUACUCAGUGCUGAGAUACUCAAGAGUCAGAGCAAAUACUCUGAGGCGGCAACUCUCCUCAUUAAGAUGACCAGCGAGGACUCUGACCUGCGCAGUGCUCUGCUGUUGGAACAGGCUGCCCACUGCUUUAUUAACAUGCGUAACCCUAUGGUGCGCAAGUUUGCCUUCCAUAUGAUCCUGGCCGGUCAUCGUUUCAGCAAAGCAGGACAGAGGAGGCACGCACUGCGCUGUUACUGCCAGGCCAUGCAGGUGUACAAGGAGAGGGGCUGGUCUUUGGCUGAGGACCAUAUCAACUUCACAAUCGGUCGUCAGUCCUUCACACUUUGCCAACCAGAGAAUGCUGUAACAGCCUUCAGACAGAUCCUAACUAAUGACAGCAGGCAGACGGCCACACAGCAGGGCGCCUUCCUCCGGGAAUAUCUCUACGUUUAUAAGAGUGUGAUAGGAGGAAACGAAGACCACCUCCCACAGCUGCCUCUGCCCUGCAUCCACAGCUCAGCCACAAGGGUCUACUUCGGACAUGAACGUCGCCUUGCAGAAGGGGAAAAGCAAGCAGCCACUCAUGUGUCCCUGGAUCAGGAGUAUGACCAGGAUUUAGCAGCCAUGUGGUGCCACCUAGAGGAGCAGCUUGUGGCUGCCUCCAACAGGGGGAUUGUCCCAGGAAACUUCCAGCCCAGCCAGUGCUGCCUGAACAGCCAGACAGACAACCUGCGCUGCCCACUGGCUGUGGCCGAGGAGCCAAUCGUAGUGGAGGUGACGUUCAGGAACCCUCUGAAGGUUCCUCUGGCUCUGUCCAACCUCUCACUCCUCUGGAGGUUCACUGCCGAUGGGGCGUCUCCAUCCGAGGAGAAGACAGAAGAGGCCAUCACCAAUGAGGAGACCCUGACUCAAGGGAUGACGCAGAAAGAGGAUAUUGUCACCACCGAGAUCAUCCUGGAGUUCCUUAUGGGUCCAGAGGAAACCAAACUGGCUCGACUCCGGCUGCUGCCACACAGAACCGGCCAGCUAAACAUUGUGGGUGUGGUGUACAACCUGUCUGCAGCCUCCUCUGGAGAUGUGGCUCCCAGCACUGAGGGCCAGCAGACGUUGGAUUUGAUGGUGGUUCGUGGUAGACAGGACCUGAAGAUCCGGGGCCCACGACUGAACCAGACCAAAGAGGACAAGAUGUUGAUCCGACACGGUCUGGAUCAGCGUCUGGAUCCCAUCAUAACGCCACCCAUGCCACUGAUGGAGGUCUUCUUCCUGCAGUUUCCCACUGCUCUGCUGUGUGGUGAGAUCAGGAAGGCCUACGUGGAGUUCUGUAACGUUAGCGGUGUUGCUUUGUGCGGCCUUCGAGUGGCAUCCACACACCCAGACUUCUUCACCUUUGGCAGCCAGACCACGACUCCCGUCACGCCCCUCAGCCCCACCUCAGCUGAAAACUGCUCAGCCUAUAAAACGUUGGCCACGUCCCGGCAGCCAGACUCCGUGGCGUCUGAGAUGUUGGUUUCAGCAGAGGAUUUCAGCAAAUCGUCCGGUGUGAUGAAGAUCCCGAUAGAUGGCGGCACGCUGCAGCCAGGGGAGUCCACCCAGCUGCCUCUGUGGCUCAGAGGACCAGAUCAGGAGGGAGUGCAUGAAAUCAACUUCCUCUUCUACUAUGAGAGCACAGAGAAAGGAAUCAAAAUCAGUCACCGUGUGCUGCGCCACACAGUGUUUAUCUGUGCCAGUCGCUCUCUGAGUGUCCAGGCAUCGGCCUGUCGCAGCAGCGUUCCUCAUCUCAGUGUGGAUGACAAAGGCAGCGGUGGAACGCUGGUCUUUAUUGAUGUGGAGAACAUCAAUACGAGUGAAGCUGGCGUGCGUGAAUUCCACAUCAUCCAGGUUUCCAGCAGCAGUCAACACUGGCGCCUCCACAAGUGCAUCAACCCAGCCAAGGACAAAGACUGUAAACUCACCAGCAGAGAAAGAGCCAAGCUGUGUUUCAGGGCCACACCAUGCAAACCCCACCAAGCUACCUCGGACACCGUGCUGAAAUACACCUUUGCAGAUCUGAAUCUGGGAAAUGAACGGAUCAUCAGCUCCUCCACACCCUGUGGAGAUUUCUUCUUCCGUGGCUGUCGGAGCUCAGAGUGUCAGCGAGUGGAUGGGCCGAUAUCCAGGACAUCGUCCAGCAGCAGGAGUCAGAGCUGUGUCCCCACUGAGGACAUCACCAGCAUUGUCAAGAAGUGUAAUGAGCUGGACCUCAACAUCAUUGUCAUCUGGAAGGCCUAUGUGGUUGAGGACAACAAACAACUGAUCCUAGAGGGCCAGCUCCAUGUGGCGCUGCAGACCAUCGGCAAAGAGGCCACUUCUCUGAUUCCCAAAGAGGACGCUCAAGAGAUGGUGCUGCUCAAGUUUAAAUCAGAAGUACCUACUCCAGUCAUCCUGCCCUCUGCAGAGCUGUCCCAACUAAUCAAAACCAACCUGCACUACCCCGAGACCUACACACAUCCCUUUGUCCAGGACAGUCUCUGUGUGGUGCCCGUCACUCUGACUCUAUCCAACUGCUCCCUGGCUCAAGUGGAUGUCAUCAUUGACUUAAGGCACAAAAGCGGCAGCCCAGAGUCUGUGGAGGUCCACAGCUCGUUCACAUGGGUGGGUCAGACCCAGUACAAGCUGCAGCUGCAGCCUCAGGAGGUGCUGUGCCUGACUCUGCGGGCCUGUUUCCUCCAGCCAGGAGUCUACAACCUCAACACGCCGCGAGUCUUUGCCAAGCCGGCUGAGCAGGGCGUCAUGUGUGAAACGAGUCAGCAGACAGCGAGUCCUGCUCUCAUUAUCAUCAACAACGCCUGAGAGGAGCAUCACGGCCUGCAGACUCUUCUAACACAUGACCACACUAGUUCUUCUUCUUUGAUUCUGGGCAGCAGGAAACAUAAAUGUUUAUACCAAUUACUAAAGAUGUGUAUUUAAAACAAACGGCUACAGUUUAUAGAGAUCUCAGAACUCUUCAGUUUAACAGUUUCACUUGCAUGUUACUGUGUGUGUGUACGAGUCUCAUCCACACACAGCUUUACCCUCCAUGCUCUAGUGUCCCCACUGGCAUCUCAAACAGCCACUUGUGUUGGAAGCUAACAAAAGCAGCUGGCAGACUGGUGCUGCUGAGGGCAGGAUGUUGCAUCAUCUCUGGCCUUUAGCUCCAGACUCGGUGGACUGAUGCAACAAAUCUACUGAACUUGGGAAGAAUCUCAUGUGUAAAUGUCCUGAAUGGAUACAGCAGUAGUUUAAAAGCAGUCAGUUACUGUGACAUUGUGACAGGAGUGUUUACAUCCUGAAUAUUGUACACCUCGAGGCUCACUGCCCAUCCUCUACUACCAUGUCCUCAUGAGCGCGCAGUGAAUUUUCUAUAGUCAGCCAAUCCAGCCUGUGUGUUUCACCUCAUCAUAUUGUGAUCAAGCUCUUGUAUGCAUUGACCUGACAGCUUUUUUGAAAAUGAUGUAUUAUAUUUAUAUAACAAAUCGGUUGUAAAUAGAAAAUAAAAAUGUAACUAAUGAAACUGUA